UGGUUUGAAUCAGUUGCUCUCUCUCUAUUUCUUUCUUCUGGAAUUCAAAGAGUGACGCCAAAAGUGGUCUGAGAGAGAAAUUGAGGGAAUCGAGGGAGGGAAUAUUCCGAUAAGGAAACCGGAGAAUCGCUGAGAGAGCGAGCGGAAAGUGGCGGGAAUUGAAGUGGGGAUUAGUUCCUUGGUUUUUGGAGAGAGACAGAGGAGAGGGGGUUAGGGUUUGUGAUUUGGAUUGGAGAUUAGGGCUAGGUUUUCCGGCGAGGAAGAUGGCGGAGGUGGUGCUGCAUAUAUACGAUGUGACGAAUAGUGGAUCGGACAAGACGAACAGCACCAUUAUGCAGAUCAACAAGAUCUUCAAGGACGGUAUUGGCCUCGGCGGCAUCUUCCACAGCGCCGUUCAGGUUUAUGGGGAAGAUGAAUGGUCAUUUGGGUUCUGUGAACAAGGAAGUGGUGUUUUCAGUUGUCCAUCAGGAAAAAAUCCAAUGUACACAUAUCGCGAAAGCAUCGUCCUUGGAACAACAGAUUGUUCAAUCUUCAAGGUCAAUCAAAUCUUGAGGGAACUCAGUAGAGAGUGGCCUGGGUUUACUUAUGACUUGUUAUCAAAAAAUUGCAAUCACUUUUGUGAUGAGCUAUGCGAAAGACUUGGGGUGCCAAAGCUUCCAGGCUGGGUUAAUCGCUUUGCACAUGCGGGUGAUGCUGCAAUGGAAGUAGCAGGAAACACAGCAGUACGGUUUAAACAAGCCAAGACAGAGAUUGUAUCGGCGAGCAAAGUUGCUUAUCGUUUCCUUGUUGGCGUCACUAACAAUGUCAUAGCUUCUCCCGAAGCUUCUGGAAAUUCAAAUAGAGGGGCCCCUAGAUUUCAAUCAGCUUGGUUCAAAAACCUAAUCCCUAAUGGAGCCAAACCAUCUAGUAGUUCUGAAUUUGAUAGUGAAGAGAAUGCACUUCGGCAGCAACAGCAGACAGAUUCAGACUUGCCGCUACCACGACAUUCUCGACCAUUGCAGCAGACAGAUUCAGACUUGCCACUACCACAACAUUCUCGACCAUUGCAGCAGACAGAUUCGGACUUGCCGCUACCACAACAUUCUCGACCAUUGCAUAGUUAGGUUUUGUAAUUCCAUGUUUGCAAUAUGUACUAGUUGAAUCUGUGCAAAGGCCAUCCAUGUGUUAAUUGUGUAUCAGUGAAAGAUUAUUUUGUUGUUGAACUGGAUUCUGCCCAUCAAUUUCCCAGAAAACUGCAAUAUAUUCAAUUGAUUGUACGAGCUUGUAGUUGCUUUAUUGUACGAAUUGAUUUUCAUGGCUUCUGAUAAGAUUUUCUUAUGUUUUA